GUUUUUUCUUGCAUGCGUCAUAAUUGUAUUUAUCCAAAUAUUAUAUUAAAAGCAAAAAUGGCAGAGAAGUUGAGAUUUGUGCUGUCAGUGCCACUCCUCCGCCCCUGCCAUCUUCAUCGUUUGCCGCCAUUAAAGUCCUUUUGGAGCAAAACCCAGUUCAAGUUCAAGGUUUCUAGUACAAGAAUGGCUUCCUCUACUGCUGUUCCUAACACCACAACCAAAGUUAUAGAUUCCCAUUUGCAUGUCUGGGCAUCUCCCGAAGAGGCCGUAGAUAAAUACCCUUACUUUCCAGGCAAUGAGCCCACUUUACCUGGGUCUGUCGAUUUCUUGCUGCAGUGUAUGGAAGAAGCAGGUGUUGAUGGUGCCCUUAUUGUGCAGCCCAUUAAUCAUAAGUUCGACCAUUCUCUAGUAACAAGUGUGCUGCAGAGGUACCCGUCCAAAUUUGUGGGAUGCUGCCUUGCUAAUCCAGCCGAUGAUGGAAGUGGGGUUAAACAUCUUGAACACCUUGUUUCUAAGGAUGGUUAUCGAGCUGUUCGCUUUAACCCGUAUUUAUGGCCAUCUGGUCAAAAGAUGACAAAUGAGAUUGGGAAGGCAUUGUUCUCAAAGGCUGGGGAACUUGGAAUACCAGUGGGAUUCAUGUGUAUGAAGGGUCUCAGCACUCAUUUAUCAGAAAUAGAGAAACUGUGUACCGAGUUCCCGUCAACAUUUGUAUUGCUUGAUCAUUUUGCUUUCUGCCAACCACCAACAAAUGAUGAAGAGAGUAAAGCUUUCUCUGAGCUUUUAAAGCUUUCCAGAUUCCCACAGGUACAUGUAAAAUUCAGUGCCCUUUUCCGGGUGUCAAGAAAGCAAUUUCCAUAUGAUGAUUUGGCCAAUCCACUGUAUCAACUCGUUUCCGCCUAUGGUGCCAACCGUGUCAUGUGGGGCAGUGACUUCCCAUUUGUGGUUCCUGAAUGUGGUUAUAAAGGUGCCAAAGAAGCCGUUUCACUUAUUGCCAAUCAAGCUUCUUUAUCAGCUACGGAUUUAGAAUGGAUCAUGGGAAGAACUGUGAUGGAACUUUUUUCAAGCCAAUGGCAACCAUGAGAGCAAUAAGACAAAGUUGUGUACCAUAAUCUCUUCUUUUUAAUUUUUCUCUUUCUACCAAGGAUUAAUUGCAUAUUUAUUGCUAAAAUAUUCUUGUAAAAAUCCUCUAUUGUAUUUGAUAGUUUUGGUCCUUA